CAAAAAGUUUCUUUGUGUCAGGUGACCAUCAUGGGACCCCAAUGUUAAUCCCUCCAUGUUCUUAGCCAGAACGUAUAAAACCAGAAGGAGACGGGGUAAUGUGCCACAGUGUCGGCGUGAGAAAUUAAAGUGGAUAUGAGGAGAUUUGUGGUCUUUGGUUUAAUCUGCUGGCUGGGAUGGAUGUCCAGAACAAACGCUCAGUUUCCACGGGUCUGCUGUACAGUUGAGGGUAUUGUGUCCAAACAAUGCUGUCCGGCCCUGGGUUCAGACCCAGCAAAUGUGUGUGGAAUUCUGUCCGGCAGAGGAAACUGCAGCGAUAUUCCUGUGGACACUAAACCUUGGAGUGGACCAUACAGAUUAAAGAACGUGGACGAUCGGGAAAAUUGGCCAACAAAAUUCUUCAACCGUACUUGUCGAUGCUUUGGUAACUUUGCUGGUUAUAACUGCGGCGAGUGUAAAUUUGGCUGGACGGGGCCGAACUGUGACCAGCGCAAAGCUCCUGUUGUGAGGAAGGACAUCCACUCGCUGAGUCCAGAUGAACUCCAGGAGUUCUUGAAUGUUCUGGAUCUGGCCAAAACCACAAUUCACCCAGAUUAUGUCAUUGCCAGACAGCACUGGUUGGGUCUGCUGGGACCAAACGGAACCGAGCCUCAAAUCAACAACAUUUCAAUUUAUGAUUUCUUUGUUUGGCAACACUACUACUCUGUUCGAGACACAUUGUUAGGUCCGGGACGGCCUUUUAAAGCCAUCGACUUUUCCCAUAAGGGUCCAGCAUUUAUUACCUGGCACAGAUAUCAUCUGUUGAGUCUGGAGAGAGAACUGCAGAAACUUACAGGGAAUGAUAACUUUGCUGUACCGUACUGGAACUUUGCUACAGGUCAGACCGAGUGUGAUGUCUGUACGGACUCGAUGCUCGGUGGACAGGACCCUGGAGAUCCCUCUCGUAUCAGCCCACAAUCCAGAUUUGCACGUUGGGGAGUUGUGUGUGACAGUUUGGAUGAAUAUAAUCAGCUGGUGACUCUGUGCAACGGGACCAGGGAAGGUUUUCUGCGCAGGGGAAUCCUGAACAGAACAGAUGUGACUUUACCAACCAUGAAUGAUGUGAGAAACUGCCUGAACCUCAGCGACUUUGACAGUCCACCAUACUUCACCAACUCAACAUUCAGCUUCAGGAAUGCUUUGGAAGGCUAUGACAGACCAGAUGGAGAGCUGGACACCAACUCUGUGGCCAACCUGCACAACCUGGUGCACCUGUUUCUCAACGGUACCAGUGCAGCGUCACACUCGGCUGCUAAUGACCCCAUCUUUCUGGUGCUGCACGCUUUCACCGAUGCCAUAUUUGAAGAAUGGAUGAGACGUUCCCGUGAAAACUCAAGCUUCCCGGAUGAGAUGGCUCCCAUCGGACACAACCGGCAUUACAACAUGGUUCCAUUUUUCCCGCCUGUGACCAACGAGGAGAUUUACAUCACAUCUGAACAGCUGGGCUACUCCUACGCCAUUGAACUGGAAGAAACGGAGAACAGCUCUGUUGUCUUUGUUCUGGGAAGCACACUCGGAGGAAUAUUUCUUGGCUUACUUCUCUUACUUUUGUUGUCGGUGUUGUACGUGCAGCAGAGGAGAAAACGCGAGUUUGAGCCUCUUCUCAAAGCCCAAUUCACUUCUGCGAAAUACACAGAGGAGGCAUAGUGAAGUUACUGUACUUUAUACUGAACUCAUAUAUCAGAUUUGGUGCAGUGACCUCUGAAUCUACCCUGUUGUCAAGCCGAAAUGUAACCUCAUAACUCUGGAAACCGCCUGUGAAUCAGAAACACACACACUAUAAGAAAAAAAUGGUACAAAAGUUGUACCUUUUUGUCACUAAUGUCCUUAUAUGUAUACUUUAGUGUACGUUUUGAAAACGUGACAACUUUUUCCCUUCAUGACAUACGAUGAUGCCUUUGGAUGUUGACUACUAAGCUCACUAGGUUUGGUGUUUUUUAUAUGAUGAUCAGAAAGUUCAGUAUAUAUUUCUGUGUGCUAGCAAAUAAAGUUGUAAAAUAAGCAAAUCAAGAGAAAUAUUUGACUAAAUAGAAACAAUGAUUGCAUUAAGUGUCCACUUAUUUUCUUCUGUUAUGUUUAUCAUGUUUCUAAUAAAAAUGUAAUGCUGGACUGUAAUGAUGUAUUACCUAUAUAUGGGUGAAACAUUUUGAUUGAGGGAUUUUUCCUGUUUUUAAUUUGUUGAAGUGAAAAGAUUCUUAGUUAAUUAUAGCAGCUAAAAAACUUUAUAGCAGCAAAUAAACUGAAAAAAAAUAUUCUGAUCUUAAUUAAAUUGAACAUAAUUCAAAUUUGCUCAUUUGAUCCAUUAAGUGCGUAUCACAUGUGUUUUAAAUCAACCUAUGUGAACUUGACUCAUUUAAGUUGGGACUACAUGAAUAAUUUGUGUUUCUAAAACUGGGCGGGGAUUUCCAGUUUGCAGCAUGCUGCAUUACAUUGGAAAUUUUAUGCCAUAACCAGUUUGCAUUUCUACUAAGUGUUAGUUAUGGUAGUAGUAUAUAAUAACUUUUAAUAAUAUAAUAACUAAUAUUUCUAAAUUUGAGUAGAACUUACAUGAUUAGUAAUAGUAGCAUUGCUGAAUUUGACUCAUUUAUACUCAGAUCAACAUAAUUUAAUUGGGCUAAGGUAACUAAAAACAAUUUAGAAAGUUCAACUAAAUUGAUAUAUAUUACAUUUUAGAUAAUUUAAUUGCAUGCAACCACUUAACUUAAAAAUUGAGCAAAUUCAAUUAUAAUUUUUUUAAGUGCAUAAACUUUAAAGGGUUGAAAAGUUAAGUCAAAACAAAUAAACUAAAAACUGUAAUUGUGAAAUAUCCAGUUUCAUUCAGAAAUACGUCAGAUUACAAAGUAAAAUGGGUAACAUGACUUUAAAUGCAUUGAUUUGUGUUAAAAGAUCCAGAUAAAUGAACAUGAUUUUAUUUUAAAGAGCAGGUAAUCAACUGUUAUCAUACAACACUGUACUGUAUAAACUCAUCCUGAAAUUACACCUGUGCUUAACAAACUUUAAUAAAUGAGCAAAUAAUGAUAAACAUGAGUUUUGGUUCCUUUAUAACAACUCAGACUGCAAUAUAAAAGCUGAAGUUUGAAUCUGAUAUCUGACAAAUAUCUUUACAAACACAAAUAGGGAAUAUUCAUUUUUCACAAAUGCAAUGAGAUCUUAUUAACAUAAUGCCUGCAUCUUUCUGGUUUCUAUUAGACUAUAAGUUGAUAAACAUUUCAAUCAUUUUUCAAAUCGUAAAUUGCAAAUAUCAUUUUAGUUGUGCUUCAACGAAACAGGUUUGUGACAAAGUUUCU